UGAUUGUUCCAAACAUAAAUACGUCUUUGACGUUUUUGUGACAUGUUUACCCGACCGUAGGUGCACAAGUCAAUGUGGUCUGAGUGCAUCUAAUACGAAAACAAGAGAGACACCAUAAAACAAAAUCAACCAAACAACUGUCAAGACACUCGGCAUGUAGAAAGUCCGCUAUUGUUAUUUUUUUCAUUCAUAUUCAUAACUCCCCUCUGUACUUUCUGAAGUGGUUCGUGUAUUUUUAAGAGCUGGGUUAUCAGAAGUGUGGAGGCCGUUCGAGCAAGGUUGACCAUCCGGUUGACAGUAGCCGUGACGCGCGCGUCAUUGGUGAGGUCAUUCAAGAGUACACUAUUUAGCUGUGGCAUUCACAGCGCACCGGUAUAUUCUGGUAUAAACGUGCUGUGUUCGUCCUUGGAGUUGGGUUGCGCCGGAAAGAAAUUCUUCCGUUCACGUUUGAUUUUGUUUCUAGGUGACUGGUUCAAAUCAAUAACAGGGAUUGUUUCGAUUUCACGGACCAGUUUGGUCAGCAGUGCUCCACACAAUUGCGUGGGAAGAUAGUGCAUACCUGAAUUGUCAGAGGAAUAUUAUCACAUGUAUUAUUAGCUGUACAGUGUCAUCACGUUCGAUAGCGUUCUGAUACUCUUUCAAACUCCACAACAUUAUUAAAGGUCGUGACGUCAUUUCAGGAUGAGGCUACGAGGGUGGAAUAUUGUCCUCAUUGUCCUGAGUCUAGUGAGCCCAAGUUGCCUCCAGUUCACGUUAACCACAGGCCGGAUAUCUACAGACGACUUCCGCUUGGUGGGUGGCAGCGCCCUCAACGAGGGCCGCCUUCAGAUCAGACAUCCACCCGACGGUAGCUGGUCCACCGUGUGCACAGACGUCAGCGCCAUCGACGACGCCAUUGCGUUUGCACUAUGUGCCCGGGUAGGUUACCAGCUAGCCUGCGAGUACGGAGCUGGUGACGAGUUCGGCAGCGCCGGCCCAAUUGCAGAUCUGGGCCCGAUUGAGGAAGUGAUCUUUGGGGCUUGCGAACUUGGUCCCACGUUCACAGAGCAGGACUGUGAAAUUACCGGGUUCCCAUCUGGGAGCGACGCCUGUCCUCCGAACAGCCAGGACUUUUGGCUUCACUGUGCCUCAGGUCCGGGUGAUCUUGAGCUCCGCUUGGCCUACCCCUUGUCCCACUACACGGGGACGGUCCAAGCUCGGUGCCGGGGCACCCAGGCCUGGUCCUCUGUCUGCUCGACCAGCUCAUGGGACCGUCGUGACGCGGAGGUUGCGUGCCGCCAUCUUGGAUUCUCUUUUGUUGCCGAGCGUGCCGUCACCAGUUCUUCGAAACUGGACCCAGCCUCGAUCCCGGCACGCGUCGUCAUUUCGGAGUUUGGUUGCGCUGGGAACGAGACUGAUCUUCUGCAGUGUGGGCUGGGACUGACGAGAUCGUCGUGCACAGUUUUUCCCCGAUUGUCUUGCGGAAUUGAAACCACCAAAUAUGGACCCGACGUGGGCCUUUGUGGUAACCGCCACCUUUGUGGCCCGAAUUGUACCCAACAGCGCGACACUACCAACUUCCCGAGAAGUAACUGCCAUUGUGACGACGCAUGUGUCGUCUUCGGUGACUGUUGCUAUGACUACCAGGCGAACUGUAACCCCGAGUCACGUGAUCCACCGACGUCCCUGAACGGGCUUCCUAUUGGUUGGUAUGACUGCGUGGACGUGCCGGGGUUCGAUACCACUUUCGAUGGGUAUUACUUAGUGCAGAUCUGCCCCGAUUCUUGGUAUGGGAGCGAGGUGCGAGAAUUGUGUGAGCUACCAGCGAAUGACUCGGAUGUGUUUCGGUCCAUCCCAGUCUAUAACAACGCUACCUUUGCUCAGUACAAGAACAUCUACUGUGCGCUGUGCCACGGCGAGUCACAUGAAGAGGUUAUAUCUUGGACCGUGGAAGCGCGCUAUUCAAGGCAUGGAGCAGGUGCACCGUUUCUUCCCAACUUUGGCUUAGGACCGCCGGGCUUGGGCGGUGUUUACACCGGUAAAUUUGUGGUCAGUACGCCGGAGCUGCCGGGGGUAGACCUCCGGAGAUGCUCGGUUCCCGCCAUCGACACGUGUCUUGAGGAAUACCGGGGGAGUGAGACCGAGAGAGGGUGUAAGGAGUUCGCAGCAUCCGUGAUGUACCGACCCUCGGCCUUCUCAGGAUCCAUAACCAAUUACCGGAAUGCCUACUGCAGCAGGUGCAACAAUCUGGCUCUGACUUUGGGUGACUCUUGCGAUUAUGAUUACUGCGAAGACGUGUGUGGGGAGGGUCCCUGGUCACGAUGCAAUAGAAGGUGCGCCUCGCCUGAGGGAUUUCUCACCAUCGAUGUCUUGUUCAACUUCAGGAGCGAGGGCAGCUCAAUGACAGGCACGGUCUCCUGUGCGACGGGGGAAGUGUACGAUCCGUUCCUCGGCAGUUGCCGGCUCUUGUCCUGCUCCCCUGGCUACGAGGUCAAAGGUGGCGAGUGCGUCAAGAUUGUAGCACCACCUACAAUCAAACCGGACCAGCCAGACGUUGGCGGCGCUUUUGCGUAUAACCCAAAUAACACGGUCAACGUGGAGCUGGUGGAUUGUCUGAGGUCGCUGUUUGGUCAGAAAUCACAGAGCAUCGUCUACUGGGAUGCAACUGUGGACAAUUCCUCGCUGACACGCACGGUUAACCUUCUCGCGGGAAACGAAACAGCGGUGGAUGAUCUGAACAGCGCCCUCAGUCGCCUUGCAAACAGUAGUUGGUGUAACGUGACCCAGGUGGCGUUUUUCCUCGAGUUUAUGAGUGUCCUUCCGGUGGCCUACUGCUUGGAGUUCACUGCAACUGGACUCAGCCUGUUUGAAGGUUAUUUCGGUUCAGAUAACACUACAAAGGUCACUCGCGUGUCACAGUUUGACUACGAUACUUCCGUUGGCGUCUACAACCUCUCUGCAAUCGACAUUGUGUGUCUAGGAAGCAACCUGACCUGCCCUUCAAUUGUAACACUGACCUCAACAGAUAUUUCAAUGUUUGAAAACGGGAAUGAAACAGUCGUAGUAUACAUGCAUUCUGGGCUUGUGUUGCCAGUGGGAUCGUACGUCAUUCUUGCCGAUGGGAGCGUGGUUGUGUGUUCCGAUGUUGUGAUUGUAACCCCAACCCCUGGACCACCGACUGCAACAGAACUGGCGUACCGCUACCUCUACCUCGUUCUCACGAUUCUGUCGCUUAUGGCGCUCUUAGUGACGUUCGUGGUGUACACCUUACUUCCCGCACUGCGAAACUUGGCCGGCCUGUGCAUCAUGAACUUCGUGGUGGCGCUCUUCCUGGCCAAUCUCCUCCUGCUGUUGAAUGGGUUCUUUGUCGAGGUGCCCGCACUGUGUCUGGUUGCCGCCCCCCUCAUCCACCUCACCUGGCUUGCGGCGUUCAUGUGGAUGCUGACGUUGUCGUUAAACGUGGCGCGUACCAUCACCAGCAAAGUGAUCGACAAAUCCAAGGCGUCCGCGACCAGACCAUUGUUGCUGUAUAUGUUAUUCGCCUGGGGAACGUCGCUGGUAAUCGUCUGCGUGUGUAUAGCGCUUCACUUCUGUCAAUGCGCUGGUAGCGGACCCAUCUAUGCCAGCGAGAUUAGCUGCUACAUUGUCAACUCAAAAGUCAACUUGUAUGCGUUCGGCGUCCCCGUGGCUCUCACGCUGACGAUUAGUAUUUGUCUCUUCGUGUUCACCGUAGUUAAUCUCCGCAUCUCGCGAAGUUCGACGAGAAUGGCACGGAACGAGACGAGAAUACAGGAGGCGAAGGUGGAGUUCGUCAUCUACGUCAGGCUGAGUGUUCUCAUGGGAGUGAGUUGGAUCUUCGGCUUCCUGACCCAGGUCGUCCAGGGCUACGCCAUGCUGUUCAUCUUCGUCAUCCUCAACUCCUUGCAAGGCUUCUUGAUCUUCCUGAGCUUCUGUUUCACGGCACGGGUCCGAGGCCUGCUGGCGGAGAGAUUCGGCGGGGGCUGCCGCUCCCCGAAACGGCAGAAGACCAGGCGAAGGGCCGCUGCUCAUUUAGACACCGGGGACACGCACAGCCAGACUAAUCCAUCGCAUACAGCCAACACCUACACAACAAAGUUGUAAACAGUUGACAUAUGUCAUAUAAAGGAACAGAAAAUUGAGUAGAGUGUGUAAUGAACCCACCACCAUCACAUUACAACUCCAGAGCUCUUAAUGAGUUCCUUUCCCGCUUAUUAAAUUGAAGGUGUUGGAUUAAUUUGUUCACGCCAUACUCAAUUGACUCAAGGAGAACGGGUUCAUAUUGCUAUAUUUAAUGUUAUAAUUGAAAUACAUGUAAGAAAUAACUAAUAAUGAUGCAUAUAACGUAUAUAUAGCGCCAUAAAUUGAAAUAUAUAUAUUUCAGUAAAGGAUACAAUUGUUUGUCUGUAUUUUUGUUUGAAAUCAAAUUAUGUAAUUGCCUUUAAUUCGUGGUUUUUUUCCACUAUAUAUUUUGUUGGCAUCAUUUGUCUUUGUUUUCUGGUUCAUAUGUUUAAGAUUUUGAAAAAAAACUGAAAGUCGUAUAAAAUUGUGAGCUUUUUAAAUGAUCAUGUUGAGAAGCAGUUGUAAAUUGUACGAACUAUAUUGAAUUAAAUAAUAUCACAGUUCUUUUAAAACUCUUUUUAUUUAGCCAUUGUUGAGUCUUUUAUUAUCACAACCUAUAAAAAGUGUAAACUUUGUAAUAUUUUAUAUCUGUCAGCUUGUUAGUACACGCGAUAUAAAA